AGUCGGGUUGUUGGUGACUGCCGAGCGGCGUGGUGAGAGCGAGGAGCAGUCCGGGCGGCUCUCAUUCACACCGACAACAAAAACACUCUGAGGAGAAAACACACCGGACAGAUUAUCCGCCAGAAUGCCGUGUCGGAAGGAGAACUACAUCUUCCUGGAGCAGUCCGUUACCGUGGGCUCCAAAGAAGUGGACGCGCUGGUGACUAAAAUCGGCGAGGCGCUGCAGCUCCACAACAAUAACAGCGGCCACCAGAAGAAGACGGUGUCCGUGGCUGUGUCGUGUCUGCACGGGCUCACCGGCAGCGGCACCGGCGGGGUUAAACCCGCGGGCAUCAUCAGCGGCUGCGGCGGCGGUGGAAGCACCGGAGCUCCGCAGAAACGCACAGGCUGCUGCAUGCGGCUCCGGAACAACCGGGGACACCGGCGGGAGAGCAGCAGGGCAAGCCCGUAUAGAAUCCCCGGGUCCAACAGCGACCAGGACUGGGACCAAUCCAUCAAACCGUGGAACAAAAAAAGAAUCAACGUGGAGGAGGACGACCCGCACCGGCUCCUCCAGGAGUUAAUUUUAUCGGGGAACCUGAUUAAAGAGGCCGUGAGGAGGCUGCAGUUCUCCGCGACGGACUGUGGAGAUUUCCCCAAGGCGGCGGACAAUGUGCCGUGCUGAUUAACGUUAACGGACGGACCGGGGGACCUGGGGGGGAGGUAGGGAGGUUCCUCUCCCCUCCGGAUGGACACAUGAACUAUUUAGAAUAAAAAUGUUCACAUGACUGGUAGCUAUGUUUCUAAUUUCAUCAAAUUUUGGCAUUGAUUGAACGUUUGUUACGCUACGUUUGGCUAGCAGUUAGCCUAGCUGGCUCGCUAGCCACCCGGCUAAUGAGCCGUGUUGUUUAUGUUUGAAUGUCUCCUUGAGGGUCAGACGUGCGGGGCGGGGGGGGGGGGUUGAGCCAC